GUUGUGGGAGGGAGUAGUGUACCAAAUAGAUUUCUGCGUGUCUGUAUGUAGUGUGCGUGCGGACCUCCAUGGUGCUGGGAAGUGAGUGAGCUGGGUUGCCUUUCUGGCUGUACUAUGCAGACUUCUAAGAACCGUUCUUCGUCCUGUCGUGCUGUUACUGUGUGCGAACCGUCCCGUUGCUGCUGCAGGGACAGUGAACCGAGUGCCUGAUUUCCGCAGGUCUUCGGUGGAAGAGUCGGUAAAGCUGCUGUGCCUGACAACUAACUUGAGUCAUAAUCUGCCGUCUCUGCCGUCUCUGCCGUCUCUGCCGUCUCUGCCGUUCUAUACGCCUCCAUCCGACGUCGUCUGUGCUCUCCCGUCGCUUUUAUAAUUUAGAGCGGGAAACACGGGAAGACGCUGCUCGCGAAGUUUCGGUGUAACUCGUGUGACUAUCACCCUGCGUGCUGAUCAACUCUUGAAGGGAUUAAUACCCUUUCAGUUCAUGGGUUGCUUACGUUAGUAGCCGUAACGAGCUCUCGCGAAUAGGUCAGCCCGCUUUUUUCCUAGUAACGUCGUUUUGAUCUAACGAUUCAAUCUAGCGAGCAACCAGCCACGGUCAAGUCUUCUCUAAUUAAAAAGCAGGUGUAGCCAACGGGCUCUUAUAAGCAGUUACGCGUUCGAUUGUAACCCGCACUUAGCCGCCAUGGGCGAUCGGCAAUGGACCAGCAUGCGAGCGCCGCGUCCCGCAGCGCCAGGAACCAUUCGGGAAGAUGAGGAGGGCGUGCAAGACGCUGACGUGGCAUCGGAUAUCACGAAGCAGAAAGUGGCGGCUGCAAAGAACUAUAUCGAGCAACACUAUAAGCAGCGCAUGCGCACACUGCAAGAACGGAAAGAGAGGCGGCACGAGCUGGAGCGGCGGCUGGAGGAGGAGGGCGUGUCGUGCGAGGAGCAGGAGGGCGCGCUGCGCGAGCUGGAGCAGCGCGAGGCGGAGAUCAUGCGUCUGCAGCGCCACAAGCUCGGCGUCGACGACUUCGACCUCCUCACCAUCAUCGGCCGCGGGGCGUUCGGGGAGGUGCGACUGUGCAGGGAGAAGGCAACGGGGAACGUGUACGCGAUGAAGAAACUGAAGAAGUCAGAAAUGCUUCGACGCGGGCAGGUGGAGCACGUGAAGGCGGAGCGUAAUCUCCUGGCGGAGGUGGGCAGUAAGUGCAUCGUGCUGCUGUACUGCUCGUUCCAGGACGACGAGUUCCUCUACCUCGUCAUGGAGUACCUGCCGGGCGGGGACAUGAUGACGCUGCUCAUGCGCAAGGACACGCUCACUGAGGACGAGGCACGGUUCUAUGUGGGCGAGACAGUGCUGGCGAUCGAGAGCAUCCACAAGCACAACUACGUGCACAGGGACAUCAAGCCGGACAACCUCCUGCUGGACCGGCACGGGCACAUGAAGCUGUCUGACUUCGGCCUGUGCAAGCCGCUGGACUGCCGGAACCUCCCCACCAUCACGGAGAGCGAGGAGGACGCCAUGCAGGCCGGCAUGGUGGGCGGCGCCGUGGGGCCCUCCCCCAGCGGCCGCUCUCAGCAGGAGCAGCUGCAGCACUGGCAGCGUAACCGACGCAGCCUGGCGUUUUCCACGGUGGGCACCCCGGACUAUAUUGCGCCGGAGGUGCUGCUGAAGAAGGGCUACGGGCUCGAGUGCGACUGGUGGUCGCUGGGCGCCAUCAUGUAUGAGAUGCUGGUGGGGUACCCGCCCUUCUAUUCCGACGACCCCAUGACCACCUGCAGAAAGAUUGUGAACUGGCGGACGCACCUCAAGUUCCCUGAGGAGGCGAGUCUGUCGUGGGAGGCGCGGGACCUCAUCAGCCGCCUGCUGUGCGACGUGGACCACCGCCUCGGCACCAACAGCGUGGACGAGAUCAAGAGCCACCCGUGGUUCGCAGGGCUGCCGUGGGAGCGGCUGUACCAGAUGGAGGCGGCGUUCCAGCCUGAGGUGGUGGACGAGCUCGACACUCAGAACUUUGAGAAGUUUGACGAGGUGGACGAGCAGCCAUCAGGGCAGCGUGCCGGGCCUUGGAGAAAGAUGCUGCCGUCCAAGGACAUCAACUUCGUGGGGUACACGUACCGCAACAUGGAGAUAGUGCAGGGUUCGCACUCCGCAGAGCUGAAGAAGAAGAGCAAGCCGAAGCGGCCCUCUGCCAACGAUCUGUUUGGAGGUGGAGGCAGCAGUGGGGGCAGCGGCAGUGGUGGCAGCAGCAGCAGCCGGGACCAUCACAACCAGCAACCACAAUACCAGCAGCACCAGCACCAGCAGCAUUACCAGCAGCAGCAGCAAGGACAUCGUGAGGAGUACCGGGGGGGGCGGGGUGAGGGGGACUAUGCUGAUGAGCGGCCAGGCAGAGGGGUUGGCGGCGGUGGCGGUGGUGGGUACGGCAACCACCAGCAGCCCUCUCAGCCUUCACGAGGUGGUUACCACUACUAGAAAUCUAGCUGGUCCCAGUAGCGAGCUGCACUUUGCUGCUGUGUUCGGGUACUCGGGCCUGGGCUGUGCUGUGCUGUAUGGGCAUGUCUACUGUAGGCUGUAGUAGCCUGUAGGUAGGCUGGUGGUGCCGUGUUUGGGGUGUGGUGGUAGAGUUAGAGACGAGACGAGACUCCCUCGGCAUGCUUUCGUAGAGUAGAGUGAGCCCGGUUUUCUGCCAUGGAGAACUUCUGUAGCCUACCUUGGUUUAUCCAGAGGUGGCUGUAGGUUGGUGCUGUUCCUGAAUGCUAUUUUAGGGAGUCCUCGCCGUGUUUGUCCAGUCCAGUGGUACCGGUACUAGACUCUAGUACCUACUUACCUACCUACGCUAGGUCGGGCUUGUGACAGGUAUUUUUAGAUUUGAAACCCUAUUGGUGUAUUUUUUUGCAUUUGUUGCAAGCUGGGUGAUGUUAUUAGAAUAACGCAAGUAGAAUGAGUGAUACAGGGUG